AAAAUGGCGGACUCCGAGACAGAAUGUUUACCAGCAGAUUGGGAAGACAAUGAUCGAAUGAAUUUUAUGUUUUCCGCUUUUCCUGAGAGCAGAGAGGUGAACCCAAAACACUGGGACUCUAAGCUGAAUUUUUGGAGUAAAGCAAUUCUGGAAAACUGUGAACACCACGAAGAUAUUUUUAUUAAUUUGGCGACCUUGAAAUGUCGGUUUACGCGAAACAGUUUGACACCGCUCGGGCUUCGCAUUGUACUGAAACAAAUGAUUCAGCAAGGAAAGCUUGUACGAAAACAGGAUUUUAUGAACUUUAAUAACGAUGGCUGGAUGUCGUGGUCUUUUGGAUUGGCGAAGAGAUCUUUUUGGUGGGGUGUCCAUACUGUAAUGGGAAGCGAUGAUGCCGUAAAUCUGGAUGAUAAAUUCGUUUUAGUCGAUGCAGCAAAGGAAAAUGCAGAAUGGCUUCUCACCAAACAUUACGCAGGCGUGCAAUGUGAAACAACAGACCAUGUUAUACCAUGGAAUGUGAUGAAAAUGCGUUGUAAGAAGUUUGAUGAUGAAACCCUCGAAGUUCUUUUGGCAUAUUUACAACAGCAUGGUAAAGCAGUUGUAUAUGUUACACCUGAAGGAGAGAAGGUUAUCAAGUUUGCAAGAAAAGGUGAAGAGAAGGUGACAGCAGUUUCUGACAAUGAUGUUGAUAUUGUGAGGCUCCGGAAGACAGUGGCCAGCCUAACUCUUCAAGUAAAUAAACUGUCAGAUGAAGUUGAAAGUUGUAGAUUACAAGCAGCUGGUUUUGCAAAGGAAGGUUCUAGAACAAAGGCCCUAAAACUGCUUCGCAGAAAGGAACUAAGAAAACGAACAUUGGACAAGGCAAUUGCAGACUUGCAGUCAUUUGAAGAAAUUUUACAUAGAAUCCAAAAUGCGCACACAGAUAGAUUGGUUAUCGAGGCUUUGAAGGCAGGAACAGCAGCACUGAAGGGGGCACAUUCAGGCAUGACAAUUGAAAAAGUCGAGGAUGUAAUUGAUGACCUUAAUGAAGGAAUAAAUGAAUCUCAAGACAUAAAUUCAGCGAUAUUGGAAGGUAAUGUGCGACGACUUUCUGAGGCAUCUGGGAUAGGACCGGAUGAGAUGGAGGAACUGGAACGAGAAUUAGAGAGCCUCGAUAUCGGGGAAAAAGAUUCGGGCUCCGCUGCGGGUUACCAGUACCACUCGACUUCAUCUAGGGUAGCUCAAAGGCCUGGUUCGGACACGGAACUUCCCAAGUUACCUCCAGUCCCCUCGCACAGCCCGGAUGCAUCUGAAAAUCUAUCAACGAGACAGAAAACAAAAAGCCUUGUAGCCAGCUAAGUUAUUUUAAGAAGCCUAGCCUCGCUUUAAGCGGGAAGAGAAUGUAGGGGGACAAAGGAACAUUAUUAGGAUUUACCUUUCCGUGCUGUUGUUGGCGUGAUGUUGUACGAAGUAAAUUGUAGUUUUCAUUUUUGUGAUUAAGAAAAUUAUCGAAGGGAAAAUUUUUAGCUUCCUGUAGAAAAGGUGGAAAGAGUCACACGCCGGCUUCUUAAAAUCGAACGGACAUUGCAAAGAAACCUCCAGCUCAACGAUUAAUUGAGAAUAGCUAACAUUACCAUCCCUCUACCUCCUCCCCAGUCCUCUUUGGGUAAGAACUCGUGCAUCUCAAUCUAAGAAGUCUUUUUUGUUCAAACUUUAGACCCGAAAAAAAAAAAUCUCAAUUGCCUUAGUAUCGUACUGAAUAAUUCAACACUCUUUCCCCAUAGACCGAUUGGGACAUAAUGGAACAUUAUGGAACAUUUACUCCUGGGACAUUGGGGUUGCUAUGAGAACAGACGUAAAAUAUCAAACUAGACGAUCAAAUGUCCCUUCCCCUGUAUUAUUUGGGAUAUGAAACCAUGGCAAUACGCACACAUCACGUCUCUGAUACAACUUUUAUCAGGGAGUUUUACAGUAUCAAAGAACAGAUUUCAAAUCUUCCUAAACACAUAACUGGUUGAUACGUAGAAACGUAAGUGUUUGAUGGACAAGCGGGUAAGUAAGUGUUUUAUUUUGAUGGAUAUCUGUAUGGGUUAACUUUAGCGCGUAAAAUAUCAUUUAUUGAAAGGAUACAGAAUUUAUGACAGGUCAUAUUGUUAGCACAACAGAAGCCUUCAACUAGGCUUUGAAUUAUUUUAUUUGUAAAUGUAAACUUGCUUGUUAUCCUUAGUCAUUCCCCUUUUUGUUGUAUGUA